UUUGAACAAAGUUGUUUAUUAUUCCGGAUGCAAAUAAAAUAGUCCAUAACUAAUGUAAAUUUUUGAAAGAAGAGUUACUGAUUAAAAGUUGAUUUUAUUGCGAAAGACAAAUACGAGACUGAUACAAAUUUACCCACAGUUCCGUUUACCAGAAGGCGUGACAAAGGGCAAGAUGGCUGAUUACGGCGAACCUAUCUCCGACCAGGAUAAGGUCAAUAUAGCCUCUGAUUUCAUCUUGCAUGCACCUCCUGGUGAAUUUAAUGAAGUUUUUAAUGAUGUUAGAAUUUUACUAAAUGACGACAACUUGCUGAAAGAGGGAGCUUCAGGAGCUUUUGCACAGUAUAAUAAAGAUCAAUUUACACCAUGCAAAAUUGAAGGCAAUCCAGAAAAUGUACUUAUAACAGAACAUGGAGAUUUAGGAGGAAGUAGAUUUUUGGACCCAAGAACUAAAAAGUCUUUCAGAUAUGACCAUCUGAGAAAAGAAGCCAGUGAUUAUCAGCCAGGAGAUGUUGAUAAAAGUGCAGAGAAAUGGAGGGCAGCAAUAGAGACAGCGUUUACUGAAUAUCGUUCUAAACAUUAUAAAAAUGGUGUAGUAACAUUAUAUGGUAGUAGUUCUGGAGGAAAUAUAACAAUCAUAGCUUGCCUAGAAAGUCAUCAGUUCCAACCUAGAAAUUUCUGGAAUGGACGAUGGCGAUCACAAUGGUCAGCUACUUUUCCAGAAUCGGGUGGUAAAUGUGAACUGACAGGUAUCCUCAAAGUACAGGUCCAUUAUUAUGAAGAUGGCAAUGUACAGUUAGUUAGUUCUAAAGAAGUUAAACAGUCUCUAAAUGUUACAUCAGAACAACAAACAGCAAAAGAAUUUGUAAAUAUUAUAUCAGAAGCUGAAAAAGAAUAUCUGAUGGCAAUAAAUGAAAAUUACCAGACUAUGUCAGACACAACAUUCAAAGCUCUUAGACGUCAACUGCCUGUGACAAGAACAAAAGUGGACUGGAACAAAAUAAUGAGUUAUUCUGUAGGACAACAGCUAAGCCAAGGGAAAAAAUAGCGAACAAUUUUAUAUUUAUUAAUAUAUGGCUUUAGAAUGGACAAGAAUGAUAAACUUUUGUAUUGCAAGUACAAGUUCUUGAAAGUUAUUGGUGCGUCAUUCAUGACUAACAAGUCGUGUAACAUAAUAAUAGCAAAUACAUUGAUUCACGAAUAAUAUAAAUACAUUAAAUCAGCAAAAUAUCUUUAUUGAUAAAACAAGCGUUUCUUGUGUCUAUGAGAUAUAAGUAUAAUUUAUGUUUCGUAUUGGGUAUCAGUUUACUGAGCUGUAUGUAAGUUAUAAAUGUAUAAUCCCACUAAAUAUCUAUAUUCAACUCAAGGAUUCACUAAAGUUUAUAUAGAGACCAAUGAUUAUGCUUCAUAAGUGAUAUUUAAGAUUUGUAUCAGAGGGGUUACAACUUCAUGUUAAUAUCUUUAGCAGCAUAUUAUUUAAGUUAUAUGGGGGGUAGUUAAAUCCAUUUUAAUGAAAUGGUAAACUGUUUGGAGGAUUAUUAUGAUAUAAUGUUGCUAGUCUUCUACAUUUUAAAUGUCUCAUCUUUGAACGACAUUAUCCAAUAUUGUCUACAAAUUGUGUGUUAUCUGACUAUUCAACAUAUUGGUACUUACUUAAAAACAUUGAUUGAAAAAAAAACUAAACAUUAUUUUAUGGUUCAAUAUGAUAUAUUUAAGAAAGGUGUUAUACCUUAUUGAACAACAUAUGAUACUCCUGAUUGAGUAGAAUAUGUCUCCACAUCAAUGAGUUCAAAGAUUGUACUGUCUCCAAUAGUAUUUCUACAUCCAAAAAAGAAUAACAAUAUGGAGAAAAACAUGAUACACUGUCAGAGAUUAUAUGUUUACUGAAAAGCUAUGAUGUUUGCAAUUUUUGUAUUACUACCUUUGUCUCUACAGUGAAAAUGAAUACACUUUAAUUGUAAUAUAUAAAUAUUCUACACUAUUCAAUAGGUGCUAUCUUGAUGGGAUGACUACAUAUACUUACAAAACCUACAAUUUUUCACAUUCCUCAGAAAAAAAAACAUGUUACUGAUGAAUGCUUAUUCAAUGUACAAAAUAAAAUUAUUUAUUUUCUUUGUACUUCUUAUUAUCUAUUGAUUUAUAUACUGCACAAUAUAAAACAGUAUUUAUUAUUUGUUAGUGCAUGAGAUAAUGUAACUGAUAUGAUGUGGAGAUGUUUUGAUUAUGUCAUUGUAUUAUUGUUUGAGAGACCAGCAAUUGAUUUUAUAUAAAUAUAUACUCAUA